AUGGAUAGCUUGGUUAUUGGAGGCCUGCUAUUUGUCUUUAACGCAAUUUAUGGCAUACUGUUGAACCUAUUAUCCUGGUUGUUCUCGCUUCUUUACUUGCUGGCAUCCCCCUUGCUCUAUCUUUUGCAUGGCCUCCUCACGAUAGCUUUAUUCCCUCUUCAAAUCCUGAUUAAAUUCGAGGCAUUUCUGUAUUUCGUGACAGGAGCUGUGAUCACAGGAGCCACAGUGGGCCUGUUCCUACAUCUUACUGGAGAUGCUCUGUCCGAGCUCCUUCGGCUACGGUCACGCCCAUCUCCAUCGCCGAAGGACGAACCACUCCUAAAAGACGAGCCAAUAGACUGGCAGUCUAAAUGGGACCAUCAACUAUUGUCUACAACGAUCCCGGAAGAGGAAGAGAAUAGCUCGGCUUGA